GAGACAUGACGUCUACAAAUGAGGCCACAGAUAUUCUCAACUGUGAUGAGGAAAAUUCAAAUGAACUUCACUGUAAAGUCUGCAAUGUAUACUUUAGUAGUCUCCACAACAAGCGAGAGCAUAUGUAUGGGAAAGCACACAUACAAAAUGUCACAGAAGCCGUAGAAAAGGAAUUGUUAAGACAGCAGCAAGAAGAGCAAGCUUUCAUGGACAGUGCUCUAGUUGUCUCUGAGGACAUGUCUCAGGAUGACUUCGCAUCUGUCACCAAAACUGUUGCAACCUCUUCUAGCAGUAGUUCUUGCAGCAAUACAAGUGAUCCAGGGCCACUUCCCUCAGUACCAGUAGAUAUACAUCGCUUCAUGAUGGAGUUUAUUCAUAAAAACUAUGAGAGGGAACAAGAAAUUUCAGUGCUCAAGAAAUGUUUAAACAAAGCAUUGCAAGAUAAUGUAGCCAUGUGUAAGGAAAUACAAACACUUCAGGAAUAUCAAAACAAGUUAGAAGAAGAACUGAAGUCACUAGCCAGCACAACAUCAUCACUCAUCCUUCAAAGUGAUGCUCUCAAGAUGGUUCCCACUUUGUUUGGCAUUAUCAACUUAUGA